GUGUGGGACAGUUAGGCUGGCUUGUCUGAUCUGGAGAGGUAUAGGUAGGAAUGGAGGUAUAGUCCGUGGAUUUCAAAACUGGCUACUGUUCUUGGGGAGCUUGAAUUUACUUUCGAGUAGGGCUUUGAGGGACCAUGUGUGACUGUAGGAAUUUUUUUUUAUCACUCCCUUUUUUUUUUAAACAUGACAAGAUUAUGACAGAACACUGGGUUGUUGUAAGACUUAGAAUUUAGAAAUUCUGACCUGAUAUGUUAAAGGAGGUGAUUUGUGAGUGCUUUCUUCCUAUCAAGUGAGCAGUACAUACAAACAUGCAUCUCAUCAGCUGAAUAGAUGGUCUUCAUCACAGCAUCCCCCUUAAAUUCUGUUCUUUUGUGCCUUGAAAUUGCAUUUUCUUAGAGCAAGGACAAGAAAAUGAAAACUGUAAAAUUAUACACUCCCACCCCCAAGGGUGGAAUGUGAUGCUAAAUCAACUGGUAGUCAUUAGUCAGGUAAUAAUGCAUUGUAAAUGUGGGGUUUUGGGGGUUUGGUUUGGGGUUCUUUGUUGUUGUUGGGUUUUUUUGUUGUUGUUUAAAAAGAGACUUUAAAAAGAUACAACAAAACCCAACAGACAGAUGGUAGUAGUGGCCAUGUUCUUAAGGUAAAAGCCUCCAGAAUGAAUAAUAAAACUGGUUAUAUGGGGGUAGGCUGGAGGAGGGGGGAAUUUUCUAUUUCCUCUUAUUUCGGCCAGGGUAAAUAAUCUGAGAGCAGAAUGCCCUUUGAACUUGGAAUUCAGGAGGUUCUGAGGGAACAGUGUUCAAUUAGUUUAAAUUGUUCCAUAAGCUUGUUGUUUGGUUUCACUGUAAAAUGAUAAAUUCUGUCCUUUACUGACGUAUGCUAAAUGGAAGUUUCAAUCUGCAAGUCUAGUGUUAGGAUAUUUGGAGAACUAAAAUAAUGUAAAAUAGUGUUUUCAGUGAAAUAACUUGUUACAAAAUACCAUAGACACUAAGGCAUUUGUGAAUACCUUUGAAAAUCCAGUUAAUUAUUUACAAAAGUAAUACUUAGGGAGUAUUCACAAGUGGUAGAAACUGUUGAUGGAGACAGUAAUGAAGAUGAGAUUUAAAAGCUGUUUUUUCUUCCUAGUUGUGAUGUAUUCAGGCAAACUCUUUGCAGAAGAUAUACCUUGUGAUUUGCCACACAUAGAAAAUGGAAAGAUUGCCCAGUACUACUAUAAUUUCAGAAGUUACUAUUUCCCUAUGCGUAAGGAAAAAAAACUUUCCUAUUCUUGUAUAGUUGGUUGUACAACUGAAACUGGGACUCAAGAUGGAAAAAUAACUUGUACAGCAAAAGGAUGGUCUCCGGUGCCACGAUGCUACAAAAAAUGUAACAAGCCUCUUUUGGAAAAUGGCUUUUUUUACGGUACAGAAAUGUACUUUAAAAUACAUGAGAAAUUGCAAUACAAAUGUAAUCCAGGCUACCACACUCCAAGCGGUGGUAAUGAAGAUACAGUACAAUGCCGGCCAAAAGGAUGGUCCUCUCAGCCAAGCUGUACUAAAAAACUUGAGUCAUGUCAAGUACCCGAUUUGCAUCACGGCAGCUACUUCACAGCCCAACAAGAGCUUCGACUGAAUGAAACACUGCUAUAUAGAUGUGAUGAGGGAUAUCAUACUGCAGGAGGAAACACUACAGAAGAAGCAGUGUGUCUUACACAUGGGUGGUCCCUUACUCCAAAGUGCACUAAAGUGACUUGCUCUUCUUUGAGUGCAAUAGCACAUGGAGGUUUCUAUCCCGUGAAGAAAGUCUAUGAAGAGGGAGAUGUAGUUCACUUUUUCUGUGAGGAAAAUUAUUCUGUCAGUGAAUUUGACCUAAUCCAAUGUUACUAUUUUGGAUGGUAUCCAGACCCUCCAGUGUGUGAAGAUGUAAAAGAUAAAUGUCCUCCACCACCGCUUCCUCCUCAUGCCCAUAUCAUCACAGUUAGAAGAACAUAUCAUAAUGGAGACAAAGUUCAUAUACAGUGUCAAAGUACCUUUGAAAUAAAAGGAUCUGAGGAAAUCCAGUGUGAAAAAGGAAAAUGGACAUCACCCCCUAUUUGUAUUGGAACUAUGGAUAAACGGCAACCUGAGGCACCACCGUCACCCGAGGCAGAUGUAGCAAUAAGGGCAAGCAAAACAUAUCACAGUGAAGAUAUGAAAAUACAGCAAGACUGUACCUCUCCACCUGUGAUUAAAAAUGGUGUUGUUCUUGGUCCAUUAUUGACAAGUUACAAAAAUGGUUCCUCAGUAGACUAUGGUUGUCAACUUUACUAUAUUUUGGAUGGACCUAGUACUGUUUACUGUGAAGAAGGAAACUGGACAGAACAACCAACUUGCUUAGAACCAUGCAAUCUUAAUGUAACCGAUAUGAACAGCAACAACAUAGAGUUGAAAUGGAAACAGGAAGAAUUAAUUUUCCUACAUGGUGAUCUCAUAGAGUUUGAAUGUAAACAGGGGUACAGUUUUCUCCCGACCACCAUUCCGUCUCCUGGGAGGACGCAGUGUAACCAUGGCAGACUGAAUUAUCCGAAAUGCAUUAUGCAAGCUCCUACAGGAAAAUGUGGCUCUCCACCUUCUAUUGUGAAUGGAGCUCUUACUCUCCCACCCCUGACCCAGUAUGACAGUGGCUCUUCAGUUCAAUAUAGUUGCUCUGACUAUCAUUUUUUGCAAGGAUCUGAGAGAAUCUACUGUUCUGAAGGACAGUGGACUGCACCACCAGUUUGUAUAGAGCCAUGUACUUUGUCAAAAAAUGAAAUGGAGAAAAAUAAUGUGCUGCUGCAAUGGUUCUAUGAGAAUCAAAUUUACUUUUACCAUGGGGAUUAUGUUGGAUUUUACUGUAAGCAAAACCAUUUUGGAGAAGAAUCUGGUACAACUUUAUUUGAAGUGCAGUGUAAGGAAGGACAGCUGACAUACCCAAGGUGUGUUGAAAGAGGAACUUCUGCAGGGGCAGCCUGUGAAUACCCACCUCUCAUUGACUUUGGAGAAAUUGUUAGCGUGCCCGUACUUGGUUAUAAGGAAAGUGACAGAGUGCAGUAUGCGUGCAACCCUGGAUACACUUUGUCAGGAUCAGAAUGGGUAACAUGUCAUGAAAAAACCUGGGUACCUGGACCACCACAAUGUUUGGCACCAUGUACCAUUACAAGACAGCAGCUGGAAGCCCAAAACCUACUUCUCUCCAGUGGGCAAAGACGCACAUUUUUGAUUCAAAGCGGUCGGUGGCAGAAAUUCAUGUGCAUUGCAGGAUUCAAACUCACGGGCUCUCCUAUCAAGCACUGUUUCAAUGGGCAUAUGGAGCUUCCUUCAUGUAUCACUGAAGAAUCAUGUUUGCCGCCGCAGCCCAUAGAAUGUGCUGAUGUUCCCAGGCUGGAAAAUAAAAACCUAAAGAUUGAAAAACAAGGGAAAACAAUGUAUCUGGCUGGUGCUAGACUUAAGUAUGUCUCUCGUUCUGGAUACAUGUUAGAGGGACCAUCGGAGAUAACUUGUUCUAUGGGAAACUGGACUUCAUCUCCUGCAUGCUUGGAAAUGCCGUGUGGAAGCGUUCCAAAAGUUGCCAAUGCUCAGAUCGAAGGCAGAAACAAGGAAACGUAUGAGCCUGGUGAAACAAUUCGCUACCAGUGUGAUGCAGGGUUCUUGACUGUUGGGCCCCCUGAAAUUAUUUGCAGAGAAGGAAACUGGACAGCACCGCCCGUCUGUGAAGGGAAAGGUGGGAAAUGUGGCCCACCUCCAGUUAUUGAAAAUGGAGAUAUUCUUUCCUUCCGCAUGCAAGAAUAUCCACAAGGUGCAACUCUGGAAUACAAAUGCCCAAGUCUCUAUGUUCUGGAAGGAUCUCGGUAUAUCAGAUGUACCAAUGGGCGGUGGACAAACCCCCCAGUUUGCCUAGUGGCCUGUACAGCAUCUGAAGAAGACAUGGCCAGAAACAAUAUUGAGCUGAAAUGGGUGGAAGGAAGAAAGCUGUAUUCCAGAUCAGGCGACACUAUAGAAUUUCAGUGUAAAAGAGGAUAUUUGGCGGACCCCGCAUCUUCGCCCUUCAGAGCACAGUGCGUAGAUGGGACGUUAGAAUAUCCGCGGUGCAAGCCUGAAAUUGUCUGUACAGCAUCUGAAGAAGACAUGGCCAGAAACAAUAUUGAGCUGAAAUGGAUCGAAGGAGGAAAGCUGUAUUCCAGAUCAGGCGACACUAUAGAAUUUCGGUGUAAAAGAGGAUAUUUGGCGGACCCCGCAUCUUCGCCCUUCAGAGCACAGUGCGUAGAUGGGACGUUAGAAUAUCCGCAGUGCAAGCCUGGAAAGAACUGUAUAGUGCAUAAGACGAUCAUGGAAAGGAACUAUAUUAAACUACGGUCACCAGGAUGGUCAGACACUUCCACCUAUCUCACUGGGGAUUAUAUCCACUUUGAAUGCAAAUGGUGGCGCAGAGCAGUUUCACUCCCUGAAGCAUUUACCCCUAGGUGUGUGGAUGGAGUGAUUAAGUAUCCUGAAUGUGAAUGAAUUUUUGUAUAAGUGGACAUGACGUGAAGGAGCCCAGCCAUGGAAAUGAAAGAUCCCUCAACUGACCCAGUGAUUUGAACUCAAUUUUUCCUGGCGUUUCCCAUUUCACUCUGCCUUUUUGCAGCUUAGCCAAUGUUCUGUCUUGGAAUUUCUGUGUUGGUUUUUGUUUUGUUUUGUUUUAUUAUUGGGUGAUUGUGUUUACAUUUUAUCCACAUUUUAUCCUUUUAUGUAAAUGUAUUUACAUUUUGUAAAUGUGUUUACAUUUAUCCAUCUGAAUGGUUGUGCUUGCAUUUUUAUCCAUUCUAUAUUGAUCUCACUGUUAUUUUUAUUAACAAUUGUGUCCUGAGAUAGGCUUGCUUUGGUGGCAUGCUGAGACAAGAAUUAAAGCCCACAGGUAAUUUGAUUAUCAGCAA